CCUUUUUAGUAUCAUUUCACAUUUCACUAUAACAUAACACUGUUAUUAACUCUUGAUGGUAUCCUAGUAUGCCCACGAAUUUACAACAGUAGCCGCACAUAAGGACUGAAGUGCUAUCUUACAGUAAGCAUAUUCGCAUCAUAGCAGGAUCUUUGCAUGUAGAAAGAUACAUUACAGUGAAGGAAUAACACGCGACGCUGGAGACGAAAAGGCAUCACAGACAGAAAACAGAACGUGUGACUUGCAAUAAACAAUUACAGAUUAAUUAGAAUGAACUUUGUGAAAAAGAUUAUUUAAACAAUUUUGACGGAGUGGUUCAUGUAAAAAGUCAGUCUUUCAAUAAUGGUGUUUAAAAUGUAUUUUAUAUUAGAAGUAAUUGCACUGACACUGGUCAUUGCAGCCGGGAGUGAUAUACACCUAAAAAAUAAUGCAACCGGCAGUGGCAGAGUUUUGAAAGUUAUUACCAUCGGAAGUGACCAGCGUCACAGUAGUGAAACUACCGGAAGUGACCAGCGUCACAGUAGAGAAACUACCGGAAGUGACCAGUUUAUACACUCGGUACUGGGAACAAAGAUUACUGUUAAACCAGGACGACAUGUGUGCACGGCAGAAAAGGUCAUAUCGAGGCCCGUCAAGGUCACACAGACGUAUAAGAAGCCUGUUUACACAAACCACCCGAGAGACUGUCCAAACUUCAAUAACUGUCCACAAUUUGAUGUAAAAUACGAGACAAAAAACCGUACAGUCUUCAUCUUGCAGAAAUCCUCCUCAUUCCGUCGUAGUUGUUGUCCUGGGUGGACUAAAGGUCAAAAGAGAGGAAAGGGCUGCAUGGCACCAAUUUGUACCAGUGGUUGCGGAGACUUUGGUGUGUGUGUGAAACCUGAAAUUUGUCAAUGUCCUAAAGGUUAUGAAGGCGAGAUGUGCGACACUGAUAUUGAUGAAUGCCAAAACACUGACCAUGGCUGUCAACAGAUAUGUAAAAAUACUGCCGGAAGUUACAUGUGCGCAUGUCAAACCGGAUUUACACUUGCAGAGGACGGAAAAACCUGUAAUUAUUGUUACAAGUGCCAGAAGGAGUACACAGAUUUGGUUUUGUCCGUAGAGGAGAUGAAGAAGGAAUUGUCAGACAGUAUUUUACAACAGAGGGAGCUACUGGAUUUAUCCAAAACGGAAGAAAAGAUGGUAUUUGCUAAAUUAAAAGCUUUGGAACAAGAUAUUCGUAAUUUAACAGAAGAAAAUCAACGAUUAGAAUCAAAUUUGUUGGAACUUCACUUCAAAUACGAAAAUGCCAUUCAUGAAAUGGAACGGAUUGAAAAUAUCACGAAGACGACACAAGCUUCGCCUAUACUUCUAACAACUGUGAAACCAGUGACAACAACGGAGAGUACUACAACAGCAACCACUACAACUGAGUCCGCAUUUCAAGACCAGGGAGGUCUGGAAUUUAGCCAAGAAGACAUGCUAUUUUCCUUGAGUAACCAAAUAGGAAUGAUGGAAGAAAAACUAGAACUAUGUAAUUGUCAUGCGCGAAGAAGACCGUAACUUGGCGAGUAGUAUACAGCUUCGUUGUUCAGAAGGAGCACUUGUACAGUGAACAGCCACUGACAAUUACAUGAUAUCGGACCAAUCUAAAAUAAUGCCUUUUUAUGACACUUCAAUUACCCUUGGGACACGCCUCUAGAUUUAUGUCAUUUCUUUUCGAUAUAAGACACUACUUGCUUAGCCCGUAGAAUAUGAGGAAGUGCUAGUUACUGCGUUAAAGAUGCAGUCAAAUUUAUAUUUAGUGGUGCCCUAUAUCCUGUAGACUACAAUAUGUUUUUCAUACGAAAAAGGCCUUGUAUUAUAUUUUAAACAUGUUGGUAUCGUGAUGUUCAUUUGGAGGCAUGACCCUUUUAACAUUUAGUAAUUGUUAUAGAUACUGUGAUCAUAUAAUGGCGCCAUAAAACAGAUGUGUUAUAUAUUUUACUUUUAUAUUAAAUAAUUAACUUUUUAUUGUCUCAAUAUUUACCAGAACAAAAUAUUUCAAUAUUAGUUAGCCGUUAUAAUUGAUUUGUCGGUGCUCCGUAUGAUUUGAAUACAUUUGUAGUUUGUGAUAUUUUCAGUGCGAUGAUAGAUGUAGAAGAAUUUCAAUUUUAACUUCGUACAAGGCUGUAUUGUCUAUAUUUUGUUAUUUUAGAUUCUGAUACUUUUAACCAGUGUUUCAGUAUUUCGUUUUAUACUCUGAUGUCAUUCAACCAGUGUUCUUAAAUCAAAUUUCCGUUGUGCUAUUUCGUCAAAGUUUUGUAGUUUGUACUCUGAUGUCGUUUUUGUAUUUUAAUUUGAACGUCCCUGAAUGAAUAAUAUAUUUUGAUAGGAGCUUGUCUACAUUUAAAACGUUGGCCUAUAGCUUCCUAUAAGCAAGGUGUAUGUAAGGAAAAUUGAUCUUUAACGAGCCCCCUUUUCGUUACCAGCCUACAAAAACCUAAUACUGCCCAAAUACUGAUCAUUUGUUUCUUUUACUAUGCAAUUUACAUAUUUAAUAAUGAUUUUAAAACCCAUAAAGCUCAUAUUGAAACGUACGCGACUUAUAUUUUAAGAAGUUUCAUUAUUUAUAUGUACCUCUGCUUGUUCACCUCUGUUGUAUGAGAAUGAAAUUAUCAUCAUUUUUAUAAUUCAUUUCGCUCAUAUCACACUCAUUACCUAGAUUGAUUUCUGUUUCAUCAACAUUAGCCUUAUCAAUAUGACAAUGGACAUUGCACGUCCAUCUACCCUAUCACUAUUGCUUAUUAUUGUACAACACCAAUGCAAACAGAUAUUUACGCUUAAAACUACAAUCCCUCUGAUCCAAAAGAUGUAUGUGUUUCGUUUUGGAAUAUUAUAUACAGAAAAAAAUGCACAAAUGUAAAUAUUUUCAAGGCAAUUAUAAACAUACAACCGCAAACAACUCACAAUAUGUACGGACAAUAACACGAUGAAAAUAGGAAGAACACCAUUGUAGGUUUAGUUAACGGUAUAUAAUGGCAAAAGUGUGAUUUGUACCAGUUUAUGACAUGACAAACUCAUAUUUUAAACAAUCUAAUGCAUACUUUAUACCGUAGAAGCGUAAUGUUUAUAUAAAUAUUUUGUUAUAGACUAACCAGAUUUUACUUUUCUUCCGAAAGCAAAUGAUCAUGUUAUCACAAAGGGCGAGCAGCGUUUCAGCUGUAUACCAGAGUAUAAGAUUUGUUUUGACAGAUUUUUGUAUGUGCUUGAAUGAUUUUCUUGAAUUAUGUAAGUAUGUUUUCCGAAAAUAAAAUAUUGUCUGAAUUAUGCAAGAACCAAAUAAUAGUUAUGUAUUAUUCUAUAUAUGUCUUCAGUCCUGAAGGUGAGUCUUUUUAAAGUUAAAGAUAAAUUACAUUUUCAGAGAAAAUAUUUCUUUUAAGAUCCAAAACAUUUACCGCGAACGUGUUUCUUAUUCUGACAAAGAUAUCUCACAGAAAGUAUUCCGUGACAGUUAGAGUCGCAGUUGCAAGUUUAAAAGUUGGUUUCCAAACAUGCAUUUUAAGAGAUGUAAGAAUUUCGUUUUAUUAUUCAAGACCGUUACUUGACAGUCUGAACAGGUGGCAUCCCGUUUGUAUCCGGCUCAGCCAAUACAGCGUCAUUAUAUUGGCUCCCCUGUAAUAAAUCAGUGACAAAGUAUUUUAUCAAGAACAUAUUAUUUGGUCACAUAAUUAAUUUCAUUGAGCAGGACUUCGAGUAAUCGUAACUGUGUGCAACUUGCAAGAUAUGCCUUACGUCAUCCUUCAUUUUUAUUUAAAAUUUCGAAAAUAACAUUUGGUUUCUUGACAUGAAUUGAAGUAUGAUCCAUAAGAGUAUGUCUCAUCGUGACUGUUGAUAUAAAAGCUGUGAUAAUAUCUCUUCUGAGCUUUAUAUGCAUGUUUAGUUUUGUCAAAAACAAAAGUAUGGUACAAUAUUAAUUGUCGAUUGUGUGCUUCAUUCAUACUCGUAUAUCAUGAACAUGUUUAAGAAAAAAUAUAUGUUUCAUGUAAAUAGUUCUUAUCCUUUUAAGUUUUUUUUCACAUGCUGUUUGUCUUUCAUUAUGUAGUCCAAUAUUCCUUUAUCUUAUUAAAGUUAACAUCAAUUUAAACAGUCUCGACGACUACUUAGUAGUUAUUUACGAGUAAUGUAAUAUUAUUUUCUGCUUUGACUUAUAAACAUGUAUAUGUUUAACUAAUAAAACAUUUGAAUCUGCA